GGCCUGACCUUGGGGGAGGGGGCUGGGCCUGGCCUUGGCCCGAGGCUGCCCUGCCGGCUCAUACCUAUUCCUGCGGGAGGCAAGCCUCCGCCUGGCCCACUGCCACAGGCACGCCCCGGCCCCACCUGUGGAGGGAACAAACCUUUCCUCUGGUCAGAAGUGGGGAGAAAGGGGACACAGGCAGGGGCCCGGCAGGACCCGGUGAUGACAGGCUGUCAGGCUCGCUGCAAGUGACCAGGCCCGCGGAACGAGGGAGAGCAGACCAGUCUGUGGCCAUGGCUGCUUCCUGGGGACAGUGAGGUGGGUCUGGAUAUUUUUCAGGGGAAUUUUUUCUCUCUAGAAGCAAUCCAGAAAUAGAUGGGACAAGGGGUUCGCUUGUGGCACAUCGGGUUAAGGAUCCGUCAUCGUCAGUUCUGGGGUCGGGAUGCCACUGAGGUGCACGUUCCUUCCCUGGGCCAGGAAAUUCUGCAUCUCAUGCGUGUGGAAAAAAAAAAAAAAAGAUGAAGACAAAGUGAUACGGGUCUUCAGGGGCUGCUAACAUCACUAAGAGACCCCUGGACAGUAUUCGCCUCUGGAGGAAACACAUACCACACUCACAAAGCAUCCUCGCCAAAAUAUAGCUUGUCUCUGAUCAGAUUUCUGUUCUGAGCCACCAAGCUACAGAAAACACAGGGUUUGCAGGAAGCCAUUCAGUGCCCACAGACGGAGGCACAAACAACGUGAUCCAGACUGGAAACUGCAAGGACAGCCUGACGUCAUCAACAGAUACAUUGCACGGAAAAAAACACGUGUGCAUAUGCUGAAAUUUGCAGGAGGAGAAAAAAAAAAGGAUGUCUGAGAUUUCCUUCAAACUCAUCUUUUCCGAGUGAGCGGGAGCCUUGGGGAUAUGGGUGAAACACGACUGGUCACAACCGAUCGUCGAGGAGGCGGGUGACGGAGGCCGGGGUUCCCCAGAAUGGCCUCCAUCCUCUCGGGGUGAAAUUUUCUGUAAUGAAAACAUACGCAGGGGUUGUGCUCUGAUCACGGGGCUGUUUCUCUGUGGGGCCCCUCCCUGCGGGUUCUGAGGCUUUCCAUACAGUAGGAAGGACGAAAAUGGUUUGAGAUCUCUGGGGCUCCAACCUUUUUGGUAGAUAGAUUUUCCUGAAACACCACGUUUAAUCCAUGAACCACAACUGAGAGGCUGCUGUCCCUUUCAGGUGUUUCAGGUUCUUUUUGAAAACAGUCACGGGUUUUUCAAAAGUGAGAAGUGAUGGGGACAGUGAGUCGGUAUGAGGCGAGCCCCUGAUUGUUUCCUGUGCAUUGCCUCUGCCAGGCGCUACGGACACGCCGUCCAAGCUAUAGCCCCGCACUGCAGCACCUCGUGACAGACCUCGAUCACAGCUGUGGUCCACCCGCUUUCCAGAUGGGGAGGUGGGGUGGGAGUGGCCGGGGGUGGCCAGUCUGGGGAGCACCGUCCCGCUCAAGGCUGUCUGUAUUCGACCAGGGUGGCAGCGUGCUGGGGUGAACUUGCUCAGAUGAACUGGCAUCAGACACUCAGCCUUGUCCCCACGCUGUCUCUCUGCAGGGCAUGGCGCAGGCAGAUGGGGCCCCCUGCCCCGGCACCGCCCCGAGCCAGCCCUGCGUCUUCAAGCUGGUUCUCCUGGGCAGUGGCUCUGUGGGCAAGUCCAGCUUGGCUUUCCGGUGCCUUCUUCACCAAGGUGGUGGAUUUGGGGGCUGCGUCUCUGAAGCUGGAGAUCUGGGACACGGCCGGCCAGGAGAAGUACCACAGCGUCUGCCACCUCUACUUCAGGGGCGCCAAUGCUGCGCUUGUGGUGUAUGACGUCACCAGGAAGGAUUCCUUCCUCAAGGCGCAGCAGUGGCUCAAGGACCUGGAAGAGGAGUUCCGCCUGGGUGACGUGGUGGUGAUGCUGGUUGGCAACAAGCUGGACCUUGGCAAGGAGCGGGAGGUGGCCUUUGAGGAGGGGAAGGAGUUUGCCGAGAGCAAGGGGCUGCUAUUCAUGGAAACCUCGGCCAAGCUGAACCACCAGGUGACUGAGGCCUUCGGCGCCAUUGCCCAGGAGCUUUGGUGCAGAGAAGAGAGGAAGGAGGACCAGCAGCAGCAGCAGAGAGACGCACAGCUGGAUCUGAACCAGAGGCCCUCGGCGCAGGCCAGAUGCUGCGCCCGCUAGAAGCAGCCUCUCCAGGAGGGGCCGUGGGGAGGAGGCCCCCAGCCCGGGCCCUGCCCGCUCCGUGUUGACCAGAUACUUAUCCCGAUUCGCCGUCGAUGCUGGCUUGUUCCUGAGUCCCGGUGGCUCUGGAAGCUGGCAUCCCCCUGAAUUACCUCCUCCCAGAGCUGGCGGGAAUCCUUCAAGCCAAGGGCCCAUAUCCAGUGGCUCCAAAGGGUGUCGGCCCCCCGUCCCCCAGACGCCAGAUACAGACUGAACCUCGGAGGCCCAGGAUGUGGCCCCUCGGCUGCCUGGCCAUCAGACACCGAGGGUUGAAACGGUCGGAGGCAAAGCGAGAGUGGGAAAACUACCCUCACCCAGCACGUAUUUGGUGUCGGGCAGGAACUUGCCCCCGGAGGUGAAGAGGACAGAGCAGGCCCAGGUGGAGCUGGCAGUGCCAGGGAGAGGUGGAGGGAUGGUCGCGGGGCUGGGCUUAUCGUCACUGGAUCUCUGUGAGGUCCCCCAGCAGCACAGAGGGCAACUGGGGUGGGGGUGGGGUGCCAGGCCCCUCCCCUCUGAUGAAAUGAUGCUUACGGGCAUGAGGACUCAGGCUGUCCGCCCGAGGGGCACGUUGUACCGUGUAGGCGUUUUUCUCCAAAAAGUAAACCUUUCUCUAUCCCGUGGUCUUUGGUAGUUGGUACCAUGGGGGAUUGUUCCCGCAUGUCCUCUGGGGGGGUUUGUGAUGAGUAGAUAACAGGGACCCAGGUGGCCGGCACAGGACACCUUCGUGAUGCUGACAUGUCAUUAUGUGCUCGCCUCCUUCUGCCUUAGACAGAGGCCCCCAUGGCCCUUCUGGGAGGUGGGCCAGCGGCCAUGUGAAGGUGGCUGCUGUGCGAGGUGAUGCUGGUUUCGGCCCCUGAGACUGAUGCAGAGGGAUGGAGUUUUAAACGAGACGAUGUUAUCCCUCUGAAAAAGGGGCUUUCGCUGUGGCAGCUGUGAGCAUCAACAGGACACCUGCGAGGCAUCCUUCCCCUGGGCGCCCAGCUCCUUGACGUCCACACAGCGCUCCCAUGGCAUCUGUCUUAGACACUUUCCAGGUGACGCCUGACAACUGACUGCUGCAGUUUCUGGCUGCAGUCAGGUUUUUCAUACGGCGGUUCCCUCGUGGAUGAAGUUCGCGAGGUGUGAGCCUGCGUUACCGUGCUGGGUCCUCGUGCUCUCUGCCCUCAAUUCCACGUAGCAGGUCUGUGACCGCCCCCCCCCCCCCCCCCCCCACCGCAAAGGGCAGGACCCAUUUACGAGGCUGAGGUUGCCCUUGGCCGCGAGGUGGCGCUGCAGUAUCGCUGAAGGCGAAGCCCACGGCUCCUGGUCUUGGGUCAGUUUUACACCCCGGAUGACGCAAGGCUUUGAGGGGAGUUUCUCCUGUGUUGAAGAGGAAAUAGGAAAUGGGGAAAUAAUGGUAUCUAGAGGAUGCCCAUAUAUCUGAUUGCUUUCCUCCCGUCUUGUCAGGCCAGGAUCACUGUGCUACAAUUUAUUAUUAAAGCAUCCUUCCAUCCUCGCCACGGGCGCCCUUUCAGUCCCAUCCCCCCAAGGUGGGAUGGGGUGCCUUGUGGUGCCAGAGCUUGGGUUCCCCAUCGCCUGGGAGUGACUGCCCCUUUCCUUCCCCUCCUCCCCCACGAGGCAGGUGGGGCUCAAUCCUGCCCUGGAAUCACCUGGGAGCCUCCACAGGCAGCAUCUCCGCACCCACCAGAGGCUCUGGCUGAUCCGUCUGCAGCGCGGCUUGGGCCCUGGGAGUUGUAGCCCUCCCGUGACCUAAUCCUCAGAGAUGGGGGGCUUUGCCAUGAGGCAGGGGUUCCGUCUGUCCUGCCUCCUGUGGGCUUCCCGGUGCCUGAACAAUGUCUGGACUGGCCAGGCACUUGACAAACACGUCCCACGAGAGGACAAAAGCCAAUUUUCCCAGCGAUGUAAAGAAAAGGCAGGUUUUUCUAGAAAGUCUCCAGCCCCCAACCCCCAACAGACGUUCGUGGGAGCCUCUCUCUGUGUCAGCGCUUCACCACCGGAUCUCGGAUCUCGGCCCAUCCUGGGCCCGAGGGGCGGGGGUGGGGCUGGGGCUGGGGGUGGGGCCUGGCGGGAGGGGUUGGCAGGUGUUCAGGGUAGAUUCUUCAGGAUAAAUGGUCCUGGGGGAGGCUGGCCUGGGAACUCCCGGUCCUUCCCGCAGCCGGGGAAGCUGCGUCAACUUUUCUCACCAGCUGGUGUAUGUAUGUGAGCGCGCAUGCGUGCACGUGUAUGCACAUGCGUGUGCGCGCACACGUGUAGGUGUGCGUGCACAUGUGUAGGUGCGCGCGCGCGUGUGCUUGUGGUGGAGGCACAGAGAGGUUGAGAAGCGGCGUCUGGGACAACCAGCUGUCUUGGCUGUGACCGUCUCCUUUCUCACCCCUCUAUUUCUAGUGCUUUCUCCAGCCGACCCCCCCCCCCCCCCGACCCCAUCCCGGAAGAGCCCCCUUUGCCCAGAGGGGCAAACGGGGGAAUCCAUUCUUUUUCUUUUAAAACUUAUUCCCUUUUGGGGGGUCUCAUGGCCAAAUUUAGGACAAUUUGAGCAUCAACAAUGAUUUGUAAGGUUUUGAACAAAAAGGAGAAAACAGACGUGAAAGGCAGGGAGAGAACUAUUCCUUUAGAGGAAUCCCACUCAUAAACGUGGGAGGAAUGAGAGAAGCCCUGCUGCGCGACCCCACGGGACCCCCAGCGGGGUGUACGUCACUGGUGGUGAGCUCUUUGGGGAACAGGCUACUGUCACGGGCCCCUGAACCUCUGCCGAGGGUGUCAUGAGCAGAUGAGGAAACCGAGAGACUUUUACAGUCCAGGGAUCCUCUCAGCUGAAGGCCCCGACUUGUCACCUGGUGGAUGCGAUGUGACAGGAAAGACACAGAGCAUUGGUGCCCUCGGUGAUACCGAAUCUAGCCCUGCCCCUAGAGCCACCACUCAGCCGAUGGGAAACACGGGCACAGAAGAACAAUGGAGCAGCACCGUGGGGGGCAGUCGACAAGCCCCACACACGCCAACCAUCCUACAAGGUACCGUCUGGUCUCUGGUGAAAGUCAAUGUUGGGACAAAAUAAGAUGAUGAGGGACCGAUGAGAACCAACUAACUGCAACCCUGAGUUUGGACUGGAGCCUGAAAAACAAGAAAGACAACUAAGAUUUUCUUGCCAUAUUUGGGAUUUUUUUUGGAGUAUGAACUAAAAACUAGAUCGUAUUAUGGAUUUAUUACGAAAUGUUUUAGGCAUGAUAAUAAUUGUGUGGUCAGGCAGGAGAUUGUUCUCAAUUUGAGGAGAAAGAUGCUGAAGUCUCUUGGGGACAUUGGAUAUCCCCAACUUACAUCCCAUGAUGCCGUGAUUAUCUUGGAUCUAAGUGGGAGGUAUGCGGAUGUCACUGCAAUAUUUUUUGAACUUCCUGGUAUGUUUGAAAACGUUCAUAAGAAGUUGUAGGAGACAUAAAAUCUUCCACCUCUGUGCUUCUGGGCUCAGAAGAUGUGUUAGUUUCCCGGGGCUGCCCUGACAGGGUACCACGGUCCCAGUGGCUGGAACCUGGGGCCUCUGCCACACUGAUGACUCCACGCCUGCAUCACGCAGGGCUGCAAACUCUUGUUUAAAGCGUUCAGCUGAGUGGCGUUCAGCACCUCCACCACCUCGGUCCAUUCCCCAGACACGUUCAUCCCCCAGAAGGAAACCCAGUACCCCUGGAGCGGCCCCCCCCGCGCCGGCAAGCCCCCACCUGCUCUCUGUCUCCAUGGAUUUGCCUUGUCUGGACCUUGCGGAGAAAUGGAAUCUUACACUGUGGAA